AUGACGAGAAGCCCUUACUAUGACAAAAACGGAAUAAAGAGAGGUGCGUGGAGUAAGGAAGAGGAUGAAAGGUUAAGAGCAUAUGUUGAGAUAUAUGGUCAUAGAAAUUGGCGCCAACUCCCCAAACACGCGGGUUUAUCAAGGUGUGGAAAGAGUUGCCGACUUCGCUGGCUAAAUCACCUUCGUCCGGGCGUAAAGCAUGGAAAUUACACCCAAGAAGAAGACGAACUCAUCAUCAAAUUACAUCAACAACUUGGAAAUAAAUGGUCUUUGAUUGCCGAAAGAUUACCAGGGAGAAGUGACAACGAGAUUAAGAACCGUUGGCAUAGCCACCUAAAGAAGCAACUGGAGUGCAAUCAAGCGGACAAAUUUGAGCUCAGAAUGAAUUCUAGUUGUACUUGUGAAAGAGAAACAACAAAGCAUUUCGAACCUGAAAACCCUCUGCUUGGUUUCGUUGCUGCUUCCUCCGCUAAUGUCUUGGAAAGCUCACCGAUUGAAGAAUCAAGCGAUGCUAAUAAUGCCGCAUGGGAAAUAGUUGAAGAAUUCGGGGAUUUUGGGACCCAACCAAUAACCAUUGGUCCCAGAAAAUAUAUAUGA